AGUGUUGCUGGAGUGGGAACCCGGGUGUCUACCAGCCGCGUUCGCAAGAUGCCCAAAUGGAGCCUGCGGCGGAGGCCGGGCCGCACACUCGGACUCCUGCUGCUGGUGGUCUUGAGCUUCCUGGUGCUCCGCAGGUUGAACUGGAGCACUCUGGUUCCCCUAUGGCUCCAACGUCAGCGCCUGGGACUUCGAACAAAAGGCCCAAACUUCAUGCUGGAGGACUCCACGUUUCAGAUUCUGGGGGGAUCCAUACACUAUUUCCGUGUGCCUAGGGAAUACUGGAAGGACCGCCUGCUCAAAUUGAAAGCCUGUGGCUUGAAUACCCUUACCACUUAUGUGCCAUGGAACCUCCAUGAGCCAGAAAGAGGCAAAUUCGACUUCUCUGGGAACCUGGACCUAGAGGCCUUUAUCCGGCUGGCCGCAAAGAUCGGGCUGUGGGUGAUUCUGCGACCAGGGCCCUAUAUCUGUAGUGAGAUUGACCUCGGGGGCUUGCCCAGCUGGCUCCUCCAAGACCCUGACAUGAAGCUGAGAACAACUUACCAUGGCUUCACUAAGGCAGUGGACCUUUACUUCAACCACCUGAUGUCCAGGGUGGUGCCACUUCAGUAUAAGCAUGGGGGACCUAUCAUUGCAGUGCAAGUGGAGAAUGAAUACGGUUCCUAUAACAAAGACCGUGCAUACAUGCCGUACAUCAAGAAGGCUUUGGAAGACCGUGGCAUCACUGAGAUGCUCCUGACCUCGGACAACAAAGACGGCCUGGAAAAGGGAGUCGUCGAUGGAGUUCUGGCCACCAUCAACUUACAGUCGCAACAGGAGCUGACGGCACUCAACACUGUUCUCUUAUCUAUACAGGGGAUUCAACCCAAGAUGGUGAUGGAGUACUGGACAGGGUGGUUUGACUCAUGGGGUGGCUCCCACAAUAUCUUGGAUUCCUCUGAGGUCCUGCAAACAGUGUCUGCCAUCAUCAAAGACGGCUCCUCCAUCAACCUGUACAUGUUCCACGGAGGAACAAAUUUUGGCUUCAUAAAUGGAGCCAUGCAUUUUAAUGACUACAAGGCUGAUGUUACCAGCUAUGACUACGAUGCCAUACUGACCGAGGCUGGAGACUACACUGCCAAAUACACCAAGCUUCGAGAACUCUUUGGAACCUUCUCAGGUAUUCCUCCACCUCCUCCACCUGAGCUUACUGCUAAGAUGGUCUAUGAGCCAAUGAGUCCAUCUUUCUACCUGUCACUGUGGGAUGCUAUCCAGUACAUGGAUAAGCCAGUCACAUCUGAGAUACCCAUCAACAUGGAGAACCUGCCAGUAAACAAUGGUAAUGGGCAGGCCUUUGGGUAUGUUCUAUACGAGACCACCAUCUUUUCAUCUGGUGUCCUCAGUGGCCUCGUGCGUGACAGAGGACAGGUCUUUUUGAAUAGAGUAUCUAUAGGAUUCCUGGACUAUAAAACAACGAAGAUCACUAUCCCCUUGACCCAGGGUUACACCAUACUGAGGAUCUUGGUGGAGAAUCGUGGGCGAGUCAACUAUGGAAAUAACAUUGACAGCCAGCGUAAAGGUUUAAUUGGAAAUCUCUAUCUGAAUAAUAAACCCCUGAAAAACUUCAAAAUCUACAGCCUGGAUAUGACAAAGCAGUUCCUCCAGAGGUUCGACGUGGACAAGUGGAGUGUUGUACCCAAAGAACUGACCUUUCCUGCUUUCUUCCUGGGUGCCUUGUCAGUAGGCCUUUACCCUUGUGACACAUUUCUGAAGUUGGAGGGCUGGGUGAAGGGGGUUGUAUUCGUCAAUGGUUACAACCUUGGACGCUACUGGAACAUAGGACCUCAGGAGACUCUCUACCUCCCAGGUGUCUGGCUGGACAAAGGAAUCAACAAGGUUAUCAUUUUCGAAGAGACAAUGUCAGGCUCCAUGGUACAGUCUACUGAUAUCCCCCACCUGGGCAGGAACCAGUAUGUUAACUGAAUGGCAGUCCCAGCAGCCCCUGCUGUGGUUGGCAGCUUCCUUCCUCUCCUGCAGGAGAAGUCAUCAUAACUAGCAACCUCAGGGAAUGAAGGGUUAUCGUCAACUCAGACGAAAAUCCUAAGCCUGAGGGGACUGACAAGAAGAUGGGGUAGCGUUGCCUGGGAUAUACUCAGAAGAGAAGAAAUGUCUUCUCUUCUGGUUCUGUGGAUGGGCACUUUCUGCUCCCCUGAUCUUUCAGGGGAGGCCAUAGGGCCAUCUCUGAGGGUGGAGAAUGUAGUUAUAACACCUUCGAAGAAGGUGCUGAACCUGGGUGGAUACUGCCCUCUUCUGGAAGUGAAAGCCUCAUUGACCAUCCUGCUGGUUCUAGGUAGGCUUUUUGAACAUCCCCAGCAGGGUAUGGCCACAUCUUAGACAGUCUCUUUGUGCUCCUGAAUUUGUGGGUUUGUCGUUGUUUGUAGAGCAAAGAGAAAAGCGGAUCUUACAUGAAUCAACUUAAUUUUUUGGCUUUGCACCUGCCGGUUUUGGGAAUCUGGAAGAAGCAUGUCUUUUCCUUUUUGCCCUGUCUCUUAUUACAUGAAUCAGUUGAUAAACCCAUUUUAAGAGCUUGACAUUUCAGCAGAAACCACCUCACACCCAUGCUCUCAUGAAGGAAAUGGCAGAAGGCCCAGCUAGGUAGUACGGGGCAGCUGACCCCACUGCAGUUGAAUCUGGGGUUAGCUACAGCCCACUGUCCUUGUAUCUAGCUCAGCGAUUCUUUGAAUACUCUCCUUCCCCUUCCUGACCAAACAGCAGGGAGGAGGAAAGGCAGCCUUCUGCCACACUGUCUUAGUCCAGAUUGAAGGUUCUUGUUCAAGGGAUCAAGUGCAAUGGCUUGGCUUGGGCUUGCCAUUCUAAAUCGAAAUGCAUUUGUGAAUGUCUCCAGCUGGUCUGUGCCACUCUCAGCCAUGGGAGAAGGUGACCCUUAAGGAUCCAGCUACUGAUGGUACCCAGCUGGCAGGUGGCACAUGCCACUGGCUUCUUAUCACUUUUCCUGAUUUUAAUUCUCCUUGAAAUAUCAUUGCUUAAGAACAGUCCAAUAUCAUGCUGGUAUUUAAGAGUAAGAACUUUCUAGAAAGCUAAACCACAAUAUAUCAAUUAGCUAUAGGAGAUAGUUUUUCUUCAUAAAUUACAUGUGACAUGUACUGCUCCAAGUAAUAGUGAAAAUCAAAUAGUACGCAUCUGGGAGCACCGUGCCCACUCAGAAGCCCAAUGAAGAUAGGUUAGGCAAGAACAGGUAAAUGGAGAGACAGACUGACAAAAUGGCUCCGAGUAAGGCCAAGAACACUACAGUCAGGGCUACUGCAGCCACUGAGCUAAGCACCCAGCUAACUUACUUGUAAGUGGUCAUAGAGGCACAACCCAUGUCCCACUGUGUCUGAGAAAUUGAGAUUGUGUCUGUCUGCCUGUCUGUCUGCCUUUUUCUCUCUGUCUCUAAGAUGAGGGUCAUAUUAAAAUAGCCCAGAUUGGCCUUGAUCUUUUGGUUCUCUUGCCUUAUCUUCCAAACUUCUGAGAUUACAGGCUUGUAGCAUCAUGCCCAACU